AUGGAAACUAAAUGGCCAUCUUUCAGUUCUUCAUCAAGGUACCACCGCCGUCGUACAGUAGCUGUCUGUGCUGCGGUCAUCAGUUCUGCGAGGCACUUAGGUGCAAUCAUCUUCGGCUCGGACCAAGAAGUGGCAGGUGUGAUGCGUGCAGUGCGGAGGAUGAACGCCUCCAAGAUAUUCUCUUGGAUCGGCUCGGACGGCUGGUCCGCGAGGGAUCUGGUGUCCAUCGGCAAUGAAGAAGAAGUCGAAGGCACCCUCUCCGUCCAGCCGCAGGCCAAUCCCGUCAAAGGAUUCGAGGAGUACUUCCUCAGCCUCACUGUAGAGAAUAACAAGAGGAAUCCGUGGUUCGUAGGUAAGUAG